AUGGCGAGAGCCAACUCAACAGACAUUGUGCCGUGGUUGCAGCAACACAGUCUAAGAAUGGAAAUUAUUCCGGGGGUCGUGGUGAUAAAGGGAAUUUUCCAGGGCUACCUUUGCACCUUCUUUGAUACCAUCAACAGCAGCAUCAGCAAAACAACGAUUAUUCGGGAAACCUCCUCCCUUGGCCCUUCCCCGGAUAAUGACCUUGUGUCCAAUUACAUAGCGCGUGUGCGAUUGAAAGACCUCGCGACUGCUACGGUAUCAUCUUCACCAUUUAGCUGCAGCUACUUCUUCGCCGACACCCCCACAGUGACGCGCACAGAGAAAUGGAAGAGGAGAAAGCGGAUUGGCGCUGGGGGCUUUCUCACUGUCUGGCUCGAAUCCUGUAUCGAGGGCCAGGAGAAUAAGACUGACACACAAAGGGCUGUCAAGGUGCUACAGCUGCCCUCGGGCGCCCCCAGCCCAAGGGCGAUUGCCCAGUGUGGCCACGAAUUGAAUACGUUUGCCAAAUUCUCCCAGAGAAAGUCAAGCAGUCCCCAGCUCAUCUUCUCCUCAGACUCCCAGUAG